GGGUGGGAGGAGGCGGAGUGACAGGGGCUGGGUUAAAAUUGGCGGGAAAAGCCGUUGAGGUGGGGCGCAACGCUGUUGUAAUUACCAAAAGCAUGUGUCCCCUGAGUUUCCUCUUUUAACAUAUACUAAUUUAAGCUUUUUUCGAGCCACUUGCAGAGAGCGAGGUGGCGGAACUUGCAGUUUGUUUCACCUUAGCGGAAGAUUUACCAGACCACCAAGAUGAGUAAAAAGAGAAAGGCAAACAUUUCAGAAGAAGGAAACAGAGAGCUCAGCAUUUCCAAAGCAAAAAAGAUCAGUAAGAGGAAAACCCAACUGACAGAAAAGAGUGACCUAAAAAUGUCGGCACAAACUGUUCACACCAAUAAAUGUCUUUCAAAGGUUACUGCAGCGGGGAUAAAUCAAGAAUAUAAAGGAAAUACUGAAAGAGAACAUUUGGCAUUGAAUCUAGAUACAAGCUCUCUAGAAGAUGGUACAAAGGCGUCUUUUCAGAAGAAAGAUACUGUUUUUCUGCCUCCAUCUCAAGGAGAAAAGUUGGUACCAGUGUUUAAAAAGCCAACAAAGCCAUUGUCUGAAAGAUGUGACAGGACUUUUGGGAAAACUACAACAGUCUGGACAGAACAGCAUGUAGAUAGAAAUGUAUUUGACAUGACAGAAGGUGCAGUUCAGAAGACUGGUGCUUCAGAGGGACCACAUCCAACCCCUUUAUUGGAGACAAAAGUGGAAGAUCCUAAAGAUAAAGCAGUCCCUUGUGAGAAACCUAGUGAAAGGCUGAAUGUUCAAACGCAAGAUCAGAUUGGAAUUAAAAGGUUGAACAAUGAUGUUCUCGAGACAGGGUUACUAGAUUCCAGUCAAGGACUAGAGAGAGAAUCUAAUUUACAAACAAACAUCUCUGAAAAGAAAACACCAGAGAAACCUAAUUCCUUUUUUAUGUGUACACCAGAUAAUGAAAGUGUGAAUAAUCUUGAAAAGAGACAACUUUCUUUAAAGUCAUUUAUAUGUCCAUUUGUUGAUCAGAGGAAUUUUAUAUUGGCACAAGAAAGGAUAAUUGACUCUAGUAAAAACAUUCAGAAUGAAGAAGAGCAUCCGAGUCGUGUGGACAUGGGCACAGAACAAAAAGUCAUUCAGGCUAUCCUAGGAGCAGAUGGUAUAAAAGAAGCAAAUUGUUUACAAAAUGGAAGCAGGACAGAUGUGGGUUCUGUUGAAUGCAUGGCCAUUGGAUCACAAAAACAGAGCAACUUUCUAUGUACAAGUAGUGUAGCUAGAGAGGGAAAUUUUAAUAGCAGGGAAACAAACCAGUUCCUUCCCUACAAAAGUGAGAAACCUGAGGAAAAAAACAUUUACAAAAGCACUGAAAUUUUUGAACCUAGAAAUAGGAAACACACCUCCAUGGCUGGUGAAAUAGUAAUAGAUCAGCACAAGGUGCAGACAGAUAGUAAACCUGUAGUACAAAGUGGUGGAGACAGAACUGCAGAGCAAAACAGCUCUUGUGGAAGAGAGACAUUUGUUGGAAAGGAACACCAUGUUGGACAAGAUAUUUCUGGGAAAGAUUUACCAAAUCUUCAGUCUGUACAGAAUUACCUGGAAAAAGAAAUUGAUCUUUAUGAACAAAAUUGUAAACAGAUUAUUGCAACAAGCAAUCAGUUCUUUCCAGAACCUGCUGGGGAUAUUCAAUCUGAGAGCAGAAAAAAAUUGAUGAAAGGAGUUUCUUGUGCUGAAAAGAGAUGGGGGAUUAAAGAAACUGAAAUGAGAACAACACUGGGGAAAAACACCAUUGCCACACUUGAUCCCAACAUCCCAAUCCUGCCAACUCAACAACACAAGGAAAAUGGUGAAAAUUUGCUGUGUAGUAUAAAACAAUUAGAAUUCAACAUAUGUGACUUGAGACCCGGUUUGGAAGCAAUGUCAGAGAAAAAAAUGAUUAAACAAACAUUGGCGAACAUUCUUAUGACAGAAACAAAAACAAUACGAAGUGUUUCCUUUUUUACAAAUGACAGUUUCAAAGAUAGUAUAGUAACAUGUGAAGAAAAUAAGAACAAAUUGAAAAGCAGUCUGUCUUCUGAAGACAUUCUUCCAGUACUGGUGAGGGUGAGUGAUACUACUGAAGAAAGUAAAACCGAUUCAGAAGCCCAGAGCACUCUGCUUUCCUCCAAAGCAGACUCUAAUUUAAGUGCACCAAGUGUUCUUGAUACCGUGGCUCAAAUAUCAACAUCUUACACAGAUACCCUUGCUCUGGAUCUGGAAUUUCUGCCUGACAGCGAGCUGCAAGGCAUCUCUGAAAGUAAUAACCUUGAAUGUUCACCACACAAGGAUAAAAUAGAGCAACGUGCUACAGGAGAACAAAGUAGAACCAAAACAUCACACCCAAGUAUUGGUAUAAUCCAGUCAAACAGUGCAAGGGAUGAGGUGAUUUGUAAUCCAUCCAGACAAGAAGAUGCAACAGAUGUGGUUUGUGGCCUGAUUAAAGAACUCUCCAAUCUCAAUCGGCUGAUCAUGAAUGUGCACAGAGAUCUGGAUUCCUUCAAGAGAUUAAAGUUACGGAGAAACAGGCAGCCUGGGAAGCUUCUGUCUCACAAUGUGAACAAUAUUACAAAUACACGAUGUACAGGAGGGAAAAAGAGGGACCUGUAAUUUGUUUGCUUUUACAUUUGAAAGUGUUUGUUCUGUUCUGGUUCAUUAUGUUUAUUUGCCAAAUAUUAAGCUGUUUCUACAGAAUAAAAUGUCUUAAUCCUGAGUAUUUAUAUACUCAUUAAAUUACA